GUUGACAUCACCGGCUGAUCAUCCUGCAUCUCUAACAAUCUAGUCUUCUGAUCAUUCCACUUCUCAGCCGACCUCUACAACACUCUACCCAAACAAACCACACUCCACUAUCUUUUUCCUCAAAAGAACCCUCGGUUUCUGUCGCAAAAUGAGCAAUUCUCCGCCUUCACCUGCAGCGUCGAGGUCGCGCUCGCCGGCACCCGUCUAUCGGAGAACGCCUCUGAGGUCUGCUUGUGUCCAGUACGACGUCAAGCUAGGCAAAGUCAAAGAAAACGUCGCCAAGGUCGAGGAGAUGACAAAAUGGCUCACUCCCGGCUCAUUGGAUCUCCUCGUUCUCCCCGAAAUGUGUCUAUCCGGCUACAUCUUCCCCACCCCCGCCUCCAUCAUGCCAUACCUCGAACCGCCGAGGAUCGGCCCGACGUCGCUUCUUGCACGAUCUCUGAGUACCCGAUUGAAAUGUCAUGUUAUCGCUGGAUAUCCUGAGAGACUGGAGGAUGCGCAGCAAAGCGGUGUGGUCUCGGGAGAAGCAGGUGCCGAUUCGGAAAUGUCGAAAGCCGCUGGCGUGGGGUACAACUCUGCCCUGAUCUCAUCGCCUUCCGGGGAGAUAGUCGGCAACUACCGGAAAACUUUCCUUUUCGAUACCGACAAGAACUGGGCGAGAGCAGGCGACGGGUUCAAGCAUUUCGAUCUAGGAGGAGCGCUGGGUAGAGUGGUGGUGGGGAUCUGUAUGGACAUGAAUCCGAAAGAUUUUGUCGCUCCGUGGGACGCCUUCGAGCUUGCCAACUUUGUCCGUGACAACGCAGUAGAUACCCUCGUCGUCCCUAUGAACUGGCUCGACCCCCCCGCCGAGCCUCCCAACGAAGACCCUCCACAAAAUCCUCUACAACCAUCCAUCUCAAACCUCAACUACUGGGCAGCACGAUUGACGCCAUUACACGACCCCGCGCCUGGCUAUUCUCCUCCAUUUCAUUCCGAAGGCGGCGAAGGAAAGGAAGGGAAAGAGGUCGUUUUUGUAACUUGCAACAGAGUCGGCGAAGAAGCUGGGACGAAAUUCAUUGGUACCAGUAGCGUGCUCUCCAUGUCGAGCGAUCCGUCUAGAAUAGAGCUUAUAGAGUGUUGUAAUAUUUCGGAAGAGAGGGUUUUGCUGGCAGAAGUGUAACAUCGAUCAAAGCAUGCAUUGCAUGCAAAAUUCAUGUGCUGGUGG